AUGAAUCAGCUGCAUGGCUCGGAAAUUCUCAAAUGCAACCGAAUCCGAAUUCAGACUGGCCUCAUUCUGCUAGUUAUACCCCAGAAAACCAACCAGACUGGAACAGCAGGAUGGAAUCAACUCCAUAUUGUGGCUAUCCACCCAACUACUGGUACCAGCCUCAUCUCGCACCAGGGCCGUAUGGUAACUCGUACCCGUCUGGGCCUGAAAUCAAUGGACAAGCACCGUACAAUCCACAGGCAAUGCCCGGCUACCCAAACGAAGCAUAUAACCCAGGUCAGUACCCACCGAACAUGCUUCACCCCGCCACGCCAUACUACUGCAGCGAACAGAUUCCGCCAAGACAACCGCAGUACCACAACCAGGAUCGACCCACAGCGAGUUCUCCACAACCUCCCUAUCCUGUGCCACACUGCCAGGGGGCUCCUGGAUACCUUCCCAGUUCAUACCCGCCUUACGGAGACGGCUGCCCUCCUAACGCUCACUACCCUCCUCAGCAAGGCAUGCCUUCAUGCCCUCAGCCGGAACCCUGGCCCCAUUCAGGGCCGUACGCACCCCAGGGGCAGUACACGAACCACACACGCCCUGCGCACCCUCCACCCUGGCAGGGACCUGCUCCACCUCCAUACGACCAGAUUAAACACAAGGAACCUCCGUAUCCUGGUCACCUGAAUCCCCGAAACCAAGCACCAGGCCCCAAACCUCGACACGGCACGCCAAACUCCAACCCUAACCCCGGCCAGAACAAGCAGGUGGAGUUCGGCUCUCCUCCUGUGAUCUACAGCAGAACGUCCGGUGGCGGGAACCAGCCCAGGGCGGCCCAGGGCGACCCGGCUCCGCCGACUCUCCAGCCUCGGAGCGAUAACCCGGGCCUGGCUCAGGUCCUGCAGGUUCUGGCUCGAGUGGAGAUGCUGCGGGACGAAGUGGACGAGUUCGUGGGAAGAAAGACGGACAAGAGCUACCGGUGUCUGGAGGAGCUGCUCACCAAAGAGCUGCUGGUACUGGACUCGGUGGAGACCAACGGCCAGGACGCCGUGAGAUAUGCCCGGAAAGAGGCCGUGCAGAGGAUCCAGGCCAUUCUGGACCGCCUGGAACGCAAGGCUUUUUAGAAGUCGCGCAGGACUGAAGUGAUAUUUCAUACACAUCUUUUAUUGAUGUUGGGGAUCUGAUGUAACUUUUUAGCAAUUCAUUCUUGGGUCCAUCGAGACGAUCAAGCAAUCACGGACCAUCAAGAUUUUCUAGACAAUGGGCUCGGAAUUUGCAGAACAUGAGUUUGUGCAACGUGUUGUGAAAUUGUUUGGUUUACGAGGCCAGUCGUUAAGAGGGUGUGUUCUACAUCAUCACUAUGUAUCUGUAUCCACUUGAUACACCAAUGACAGCAAUAGUGCUCGUCUCCUCGAAGAGCAAGAGUGUUUUUAUCCUACCAGCUUCACCUGAUCCCACUUGUUUAACCGGUUCCUCCUGGCCUUUAUGACGGCCGAUCAGUGGAAUUAGUUUAAGCUCCCGUCUGGUCGGUAUGAAAAGGUGUGGAGAAGAUUAAGGACCACUGCUAUAUCUCUGAUGGUUUGCAGUGCCACCCAGUGUCUACCUUUCACAAAGCAAACAUAAACAAUAGUGGGAUGGUUUGAUGUAGGUAGGAUAAAUCACUUUAAGGUUGCUGUUAUAGAAAAUCAUGAACUUUUGCUGUGGAAUUGGGUAACGAGGCUUGGACGGGCCAUGCCCACGAGCAGCAACAAUAGCAGAUAAAGUGCAAACCCACAAGACCAGCUGUAACAAACGUAGUUCUUGCAUGCGCUUUAGUUUAUCCAGAUCCAAAAGUAUGUGGACAUUCCUUCUAAUCAUUUAGUUCAGGUGACUGUGCUGAUGCACACCAAGCUCAGUCCAUAAGAGUCAUCAGCGUCUGACCUCAAAAAAUGCUCUUUAAAAUAUGUAAUGGGCACAAAUACCAAUAGUUUGCAGGCUGGUAUAGCCCUAAAGUUGAACUGGAAUGUGGGUGGCAUAGUGGUUGUGAAUUAAGGUAACCUACAAGCUCAAGUGUCCACAUACUUUUGGUCAUAUUGUGUAUGUCGGUUUCUAUCCUCACCUUAUUUUGCACUAGUUUUGCACCGUGUCCCAAUGUAUAUCGACAUUGAUCCUGCCACUGUGUGUUUGUUUUAUUUCCCCGUUCUAACAGUCUCAUGCUAGACAUUACGAUUACACUGAAGGGCGUGGCUCAGUCUAGCAGUUACUGGUGUCACCAAACCCAAUGACUUCAGUGCCAAAAGUACAAGUUCAGUUUGUAAGUGUUGUUGGAUGUUUAUUUAUGAAUUUGGAGCUCCUCAGUAGUAUAUUUCACAUGGAACACUGUGUCCAGAGACCAGGGGUCCUGUCAGCUAGUCCCAACUUCAAUAAACCUAAUUGUUUUGUUCUUGCAAAAUAAGACAGGUCGGGCUCGGGUGGUGCUGACUUUUAGAACUCACCAGUUUGAAUCUCGGCUCUCCUAUCGGCCAGCGAGGUGCCUGUACGAAUAAUGACUGGCAGGUCCGAGGGUCAGAGGGAUUCAUCGUAACUGCAGCCUGCUGACGGGGAAUUAUGGGGAUCGGUCACUGAUUCUCCGGCCCCAUAUGUACCCAAAUUGGGGAGUGGGAAGGCUGGUAUAAAUACAAUGGUCUCCAUUUGUAACAUAAAGUUGGUAUUAGUUCUCAGUAUUAGCAGAUGCUUGAGGACCAGGUACCUGUAUUAGUAUUGGAGAACGUUUUUGUCGUGCUUGUUUGUUUAAUCGCUGUAAAGCCUUUAAGAUUCUCCACACACCAUUUAGUCGUAAAUGUUCGUUUUAGUUUUGUUUUUUUAAGACUUGUUGGUGUGGAAUUUUGUCUCAAAGUCUCACGCGAAGCAGUGUUUACAAAAUGUAAAAAAACACACACAUACAGUAAUGGACAGGGACUGAAUAGUUCUGCCGAGUAUAAAGAACAGGUUGUUCCUCUUUUACAGAAUCUAGUCCAUCAGUAGAGUUUUGUUUUUGCAUUAUUUUUUACUGCGCACACUUGUGGUCUUGUAUUAGGAUUAAGAAACCACAUGACUAUAAUUCUCAGUGUUGGAACUCGAGCGUUCGAAUCUCAGAAGAGCUGCCGACCUGGCCGGGCGUCCACACAAACCUAACUGGCUGUGCUUAAGAGAGGGAAGGUUGGACGGGGUGUCUUCUAGUGCUACUGCUGCUGCUAUAUGUGACUCGGGACUGGCCCGGACACCCGCACGAGUGGGGGGGUGAGCAAGUUACAUGAAGCUUAGUGUGGCUUUCUAUAUGCGAUACCAGUGGGAAAUGGGGAAAACUGGGAAAUCAAUAAGUAGCGGCUGCAGAUUGGACACGUGUCGUAGGAGGCAUGUGGUGAUUUUGAUCAGAGGUCAUUGAUCAGAUUGGGGGUUGUGACGCAUCGGUAGAUUGUCAAUCAGGGACUGGAAACUAAAUUGGGAGAAAAAUGACUAGUUCCAUUGGUGCUACCGGCCUGGUCAGGCACUUAUCAGACCCAGUUGGCCGUGUGUAACAGAGGGAAAAUUGGACACCGGAUUUAUGGCUCGUCUCUUCACACAACAUUGGUAGGAGUACAGGGGAAUUAGAUUCAUCUGAUUUAACUGGGACAAUCCAGAGAAAAGAGGAACAGUUGGUACUUUUAUAAUGAGCACUUGCGGAUGAACUGUUUGCAGUGAGAGGACGAGCUGUUCUUUUAAAAUAACGACACUGUAUUUAACAUUUGCACCAAAGUCACUUUUCAGUGUGUGCCGGCGGUAAAACGUUCACAUCACGGUGAUUUGUAAUCUUCUAUCACGGUUUAUGAUAUGAUCACGAUGUUGUAACUGAAACAUUACACGUGUUUACCUGAAUAUUAACUUUGGAAGGCAUUAAAAGCUCUGCUCACAGCAGAACAUCAGACUGGGAGAUGUUUCAGAAAUGUCAUUUUGUGUGACUGGGACUUUCGUUCGCAUCGGUUAGUCAGCCGUUAACAGACAGUGGUGGUUUAUUUUGUGAGACCUGGUUCUCGUUCUAGUUUCCACCAGAAUCAUCUUUUCUACGUCCUUCAAAACGACGUCUGGCAAACAGACGUACAGGAUUUUCUUCUCGGGAGACAUAAGAUGACGUCCAUUUGCUUUAAUCAAACAUACAAGACCUACUGAACCGUACUGGGGCACAAAAAACUGUCAAAACGCUGUCUGCCCUCUGUAGGUGGUGAUUCCCCCUGACUGGAACAUAACAAUAUCGUUUGUGUGUUUAAUAUUGCUCUACGAACUUUGACCUUGACCCAUUCAGCAGGUUUUCGUCCAGUCAAAAGGAUGAUAUACGUGCAGGUGCUCUUCCUGUUUUAUUUACUAACGAUCCAGUAUUGUUUGAGUAUUGAAAAUGACCUUUGCAUGUCACUGUUCGUCUGAUCUUGUGUUUUCUGUCCUCCACUGGAACUGAACAACGAACUUUACACAGAAAGAUUAUAUUUGUAGAACUUAAACCAAACACGGGACCAACAAACAUUUGAGGUCUCAGAUGUACUGCAUGGUUCUAAACUCGAGACGAGUUCGACCACUCACAAUAAAUAACGACACUCUGA